AUGAAUAACACUGCGAAUUCAUUUAAAUUCUCUAAGGAUUCUCCUAAACUGGAAGCAAGGCAAUCUGCUGCAGCAAAAUCACAAAUCACCAAUUCCACUUACAUUAUUAUUCUGAUUGCCACCGCAGUUGUGAAUGCACAAAUGAAUGGUAUUGUACCCAGCGUGACAAGCUAUGCAUCAUUACCAUACUCUCAGGCAACAUAUCAUUACGGUCUGGCUCUAGCAAAUGUUGUGUCACCUACAAUGUCUUUCUUGCCUUUCUUCAUCACUACAAAAUCUAUACCGAUUCUGUGCGCAUUGACUGUGUGCUCAUCAAUUGUAACAUCAUUCAUCAUAUUCUUGGCCGCGCUAAGUCCCAACCUAAUCUUCGAUUCUCACAUAAUAGGCAGUUGUCUUGCAGUUGGUGCUUCCCUGCUUGCCGCUGGUCUACACUCCUAUCUUCGCGUCGUCUUCGCAUCCCUACUGAGGCAGGGCGAACAAAGUGAAAGCAGGCUGUUCUGGUGUGGAGUAUUUAUUCAAAUAGGAUCAUUUGCUGGUUCAGCAGUAAUGUUUCCACUGAUCAAUUUUGUUCACAUAUUCACCUCGGCGCCACCUUGUCGAUGA